GCCUUUUUCAGCGAGUGCCUUCACUGCCUGUCAAUUACUACCCAAACUAGUUUUGUUUGUGUACCUGUUUUAGGCUUGGCAUACAGCAUCUGCAUUUUCUUAUUUACUUUGCAUUCUUUUCUGGAAUCCUUGAACUCUCCUAGCUACCUAUUGCUAUGGUGUAGGAGCUUUUGCAGCUUUUCUUUAGAGGAAUUGGACAAAGAUACUUAUUUCUUCUUUUAGCCCCUUUGGUUUUAUAUAAUAAACUCUAUUUGCUUUCAAUUCGGGUUUUCCGUUUCAUUUUUUACAAGCAAACUAUUUCUGGUUUCGUUUUUUUCUCUAUUCUACUUCUUCUGUUCUCUUUGUCCAUUCAUGAUUCUCUCAUAUGUUUUUUCUCUCUGAGUAAUCCAAAAAGCUGUUUUUAACACUUGUUAUUGUAUACUGUAUCAUUUGUAUCAUUCUAAGUUAUUCUUAACUAUUGGUUUGGCGUUUCCUGGGUUUCACACACACAAAAAAAAAAGAAAAUUGAGCAAAGCAUAUGCUUCAUUUUCGUUUUGUUACAUUAUUAUAGAACAGGCUUAACAUGGAUAAUUUAUCUGGAAAGUCACCAUCCUCAACUUUAAAAUCCCUUUCUGAAUCCGCUAAUUGUCCCCCUUCUCCCUCGACUAGCGGGAAAUCUAAAACCAAAACGACUCUUCAAUCUGCAUUUCAUCGUUCAAAAGGAAAACGUCCUCCUAAACUUACUGUAACGUCCGAACUCUCUAAUGCUUCUGAAAGUUCUCCUGUCUUGUCACCAGGUUAUGCCGUAGACUCAUCUUCAGAGUCAGAACAUCGUCCAGAAUUUAGCACAUCUAGAAAUUUGUCGAAUCGCGUUUCCAGUGCAUUGAAGUUAACAAUCCCUAAACGCUGGAAGCGCUCCUCAAAACCGAAUUCUCCUCAAUCUACUUCUGCUCAUUUACCUUCCGUUUUUCAUAAAAAGCCUUACCAUGCUAGAACGAACUCCCCAGAAAAGAAACUUCACUCCUUAAGUCACUCUUCGUCUUUCCCGGCUCAGUCAUUAAAUAACCUCGACUCUCCUGUAUCUGUCAGCGAUGUUCCAAAUUCUCCAACACAGCCUAACACUUUAGGAGAGCUGGCUGCUUCGACCCUCUCUGUUCUUCCACUGCAAACUUCCAAAACGACUUUCUUUGUGGGCUCACCUUCUCGUUCUUCUAAUGAAUCUCUUGGCUCUCAUAUGUUUCGCACGAAGUCUUCAAAUUCUUUCUCUUCUAGCUUAAGCAAUCCUAGUCCAACAUCGAAUCGUUCUGCUAAUUUUGAAGAACACCGAGCUUCAUUGUCGUCUGAAUCAAAUAGACCCAGAUUAAGCCUUUCUGAUUUUUCUUUACCUUCGGUCGAAGAUGGCGAGACGCCGGCUGCCUUUUUGGACCGAUUACAAGCCUCUAUUCCUUCACGUUUUAUUCCUAGUCUUCUCUCACAGUCCAAUCUCUCUUUUAUGAAAAUUACCUUACGGAAAUAUUUGUCUAAUCUACCUCUAAAAGACAUCGCGCUAGAUAUGGCUCUCAGGAAAUUUCUUGCUCUUUAUGUUCUUCCUCAAGAAACACAGCAAAUUGAUAGAGUCUUGAGCUCCUUUUCUGAUCAAUACUAUCAUUGCAAUCCAAUGUUUUACGAAUCGUCCGACGAAUGUUAUAUUUUAACCUUUUCAUUGAUGAUUCUCCAUACGGAUUUUUACAAUACAAAUAAUCGUCAAAAAAUGACAAAAGGCGAAUUUAUUUCAAACACGAAUUUGCCCAAUAUUUUGCCUGAAAUUUUGGAAUGCUUUUAUGACAAUAUUACUUAUACUCCGUUUGUUCAUGUUGAAGAAGAUCCUAAUUCGAUAAUUUCACCUUCUAGUGACAGACCCAGUUUUUCUCAACGAUUCGGUGAUUCUCAGUUUCGGUUAUCGAAAAGAAGUUCACUAGCUACCGAAAGCGACCUCUUAGCGAUUGAGGAACAGUUAACAGGGUUUCGAAUAAAUUUGCAAUCAAUUCUUGAUUAUAAUCAUUUCGAGGGUAUUUCUAUUGUUGGCAGUUCUAUUUGCCCUAACGCCAGUGAUCAUUAUAAACAGUUUAUGACUGCCCCUUACAUACAAAUAGUGUCCCAUCGUUCACAACCCCAAGCCUUUUCUUUUCAUUUUGCUCCUGAAACGGAAAACGAAAGCACAAAUCCCGCCGUUGUGAAUAUAAAAGUGUUCAAGCUUGGGAUUGUCUUGCAGAAUGAAAGAGCUCGCAGAGAUCGAUUUAUAUCUGGAAGGGAAGUUGGUGUAUUUUUGACAAGCUCCCAACUGAUGUUCUUUAAAAAUAUUUCUUGGGUAGAAGGUUUAAUGUCACAACUGCAAGAUUUUCAGUGCUCUGCUGAAUCUCCUCCUCAUUAUUUUACUCCUUCUUUGACAUCUCUUAACCCAGAUUACAUAAUUCCACUUUCAGAUUUGGUCGCCUUUACUGAGAAGAAACCUGACAUUUAUGGUAGUUAUUCCUUUAUUAUUAAACAAAAAAAUUCCACGACUUACAUGUUCUCAACUGAAUCGGAACAAGAAAUGAACGACUGGAUACAUAAAGUAAAUUUUGUUAGCGCCUUUGCCACGUCCGGUAUAGCUCCCAGAGAAAAGCUCUGCUGUGUAGAUAGAUCGGAUAACAGCGUCAAAGCUUCAGUGAGUAUUCUUCCGGAAAUCGAAGAAGACAAGGAUGCUAUGACCAAAGUAUCUCACGAAACAGGAUCCGAAAUGUUAGAAUGCUCAAAGCUUCGGAUUUUUAUUGUUCAAAAUCGAAUUUGUAAGUUGGAGGAACGUUUACAUCAAGUGGAGUGCAAAUUCUCAGUCGAAAGAGGGAAUGUGGAAAAUCUGUUACGUAUGGCUCCAAUUCAAACACGGACACGCGUCCGUCUUGUGCGUGCCGCGAACAACUUGAAAAAGGUUUUGCGAUUGCAAAUGAUUGAGCUUUGCAAGCUUCAGUCAAGCAUUAAAAUUUUGAAGGAGGACUUGGAGUUGGAUAAUCAUUUACAACAAUAUCUUCAUUCGGUCUUUCCUUCUCCUCCGUCAUGCAACGAAAAUUCGUCCGCUGUACUGUACCCAUCAGGAUACAGUGGUAAUCGGUCGCUAUCGAACGCUUCUGUACGAAGGAAUCAGUUGAGGCUGGGAAAGAAUUCCGACUUACAAAAUUUGCGAGGUAAAUCUGGUGAAUCAGAAGCUUCGAAGACUGAAGAUCAAGGCGAAAGCGAAGAUGCAAAUCGUCCAACCGUAAAACAAGAUAUUGUCACACUCAAAGGCCAAAGACUCAGCGUUGUCGAGGUGCCAGAUGACUUCGUUCCUGAAAAGGUAGCUCAAGAAAGCAGUCAGUCAGAAACUUUAGAAGACAGCCUAAGCAUAUCUACUAGAACCACCUUGCACACAGCAGAUGCAUCGUUGCCUAGUGAAAACGAAAAUUCAUGAUUUUAUUUAAUAGAAAUUUUAUACUUAUAAAUAAAUAAAAUAAUAUAUUUAUUUUAC